UAGAACAUAGAACAAGACUGUAGUUUUUUCUCUGUGUAUGAUCCCUCGGAGGGGAAGGGACCGGAGAAGAGGCAGUUCGCCGUGGAAUCGACUAGACAUUGGCGAUUAAUUCAAUCUGACACACUGGCCGGUGCUGCUCUGCUUUCGCCUAUUGAUAAAGGCUUCGGUUGCUGACGUUGAAUUUUCUUGUUGACAUUUGUAGGGGAGUCGCGCGGGCCCCAGUAAUUAAUCGCCCCAGCUUAUCUGUCGCCGCACAUUAUUAUUAGGCAAUUCUCGUUUUUUCUUGAUAAAGAUUAAACAUUUACCAGCACUGGACUAAAACCAACGUAGUUUCGCCGCCAGUCGCUAGAUGGCUCUCUCAGUGGGCGCGAAAUUUAAACUCAGUAGUCCGUCAGAUUUGUGUUUUUUGGAAAAAUAAAAAAAAUUUAACAGUCGUCAUGGGAAAAUCGACACUGUUCCGCUUAGUGCCAGACAAAACGGUCUUCCUGCUGUGCGACAUCCAAGAGAAGUUCAGACCUGCAAUGCCACUCUUGGAUAAUUUAAUCAAAAACACCACUAAGUUGCUGGCAGCAGGGAAGGUUUUCCAGGUGCCUCUACUGGUCACCGAGCAGUAUCCGGAGAAGCUGGGCAAAACCGUCUGUGAGCUGGACAUCGAACAUGCCUGCCUCAAUGCGCCCAAGACCCGCUUCUCUAUGCUUGUGGACCCGGUCCGCAAAAGCAUGGCCGAUAUCUUCGGCGGAAAGCCCAAGACCGCAGUAUUGUUUGGGAUAGAGACCCAUGUGUGCGUUGAGCAAACUGCUUUUGAUUUGAUGAAUGAAAAGAUUGAUGUUUGGUUGGUGGCCGACUGCUGUGCCUCGCGGCUUAAUCAGGAUCGGGAUUUGGCCCUGGAGCGAUUGCGUCAUAUUGGUUGUACUAUUGCCAGUUCGGAGAGCGUAAUCUUCAAUCUGUUGGGGGACAAGAAUCACAAGGCCUUCAAGCAGAUAGCUCCCCUGGUUAAGAACGCUUCUGCCGACAUGGAGCUGUGGAGGCCCACGAAGAAGCCACCAAAGAAAUGAGCCUAGUGGUUUUUUAAUCAUUGAUAUUCGCCUUGAAAAUGAUCCUGAUGAAGAGAUAUAUGAGAAGGAAUCUUGGUAAAGUGGACAGCCGAAGUUGGCUCGCUUCUCCCACUUCAUUUCCAGCUCAGAACAUCCACUGGAAAUUUGUAGUAAUUAAUAUUCAAAAAUUUGGAAAUUAAAAAUUCAA